CUCUUUCCAUUCAUCCGGGCUCAGCAUUUACACGUGCAAUAUCCACGCCUUCCCUCAGUGGACUAGAGAUGGUGGAGCUUCGAUUGAUCAUCCGAUGGCGUUGAAAACCUAAUUUGCUUAAACUGCUCCAUCCACAGAACUUCACUUUCGCAGAAAUCCUACUGAAAUUGCCGCCAUGGCUGUGAAAGCGUAAUUUAGCACUAUCUAUGUCUCCAACUGUUCCUUGGUAGCUGAGGUUUGAGGAAACAAACCUUAUUUUGGCAAAAAUCCUAACGUUGAGAAGCCCUGAUUUAUGCAAUUUAAUCUUCUAUCAGCUGGAACAAUGACGAUCAGUGAUUGUGGUUUUCUGAUAUCGGCUAUAUCUCUGGCUAUUUUUUGCUUGCAAUCACAAGUAGCGGCUUUGGACGCCUUUCGAAGAGAUCCAGGGCAUCCCCAGUGGCAUCAUAGUGCCUUUCAUGAUGUUAAGGAAGAUAUUCGAUUUGAUGUUCGUCGCAUGCUUCAUUCAAGAGCACAGGUCCCAUUCCAAGUCCCACUAGACGUUAACAUAGUCCUUAUUGGUUUCAAUGGUGAUGGUGGCUAUAGAUAUUCUCUUGACGCAAACAAAUUGGAAGACUUUAUGAAGAGCAACUUUCCAACACAUAGGCCUGCGUGCCUAGAGACUGGUGAACCAAUUGACAUUGAGCACCAUCUUUUCUAUAAGACUUACCCUGCAGGACAACCAGAAUUAAUCACCCUUGAGAAAGUAAUGAAAGAGGCUAUGGUUCCAGCAGGAGCUGCUAGGGAGAGUGAAUAUGGGAGGGAGGUUCCUCUAUACGAGGUAGAUGCAGCUGUUGUGGAGCCAACAUUUCAGAAAUUAUAUGACUUCAUUUUUGAUACAGACCAUGGUGCAUAUUCUGCAGCUGAAAUGGAUAGGCCUGUACCAACUGCAAUAUUCCUUGUGAACUUUGACAAGGUUAGAAUGGAUCCUAGCAAUAAUGAAACCAACCUCGAGAAUUUUAUGUAUGGCAAAAUCAGUGAGCUCACAAGUGAAGAGUUGAAGAAACAGGAAGGAGGGUACAUUUAUCGCUACCGCUACCAUGGAGGAGGGGCAUCUCAAGUUUGGUUGGGUUCUAGCAGAUUUGUUGUCAUUGAUCUCUCUGCGGGCCCUUGCACGUAUGGAAAAAUAGAAACAGAGGAAGGAAGUGUCAGUUAUAGAACAAUCCCAAGAUUGCGGAAUUUAUUAUUACCAAGAGGCCAUGAUGCCGUGAGUGCUGCUUCUACACAGGAUGCUUUCCUCGGGCAACUUGCAGCUUUGAUUUCAAUUACCAUUGAGCAUGUUAUAGCUCCAGAUGUGAGGUUUGAAACUGUUGAUCUAGCUACUCGGCUGCUUAUACCUAUAAUUGUUCUCCAGAAUCAUAAUCGCUAUAAUAUCCUUGAAGGCGGGCAUAACUAUAGCAUUGAUAUGCUGGCUAUUGAAAGGGAGGUGAAAAAAAUGGUUCAUUCUGGCCAAGAAGUAGUUAUUAUUGGAGGUUCCCAUGCACUUCAUCUCCAUGAAAAGCUAGCAAUUGCUGUUUCUAAAUCAUUGCGUGGUCACUCAAUUCAAGAGACGAAGAACGAUGGUCGCUUCCAUGUCCGCACAAGAACAUAUCUAGAUGGUGCUAUUCUCAAAGAAGAAAUGGAACGUUCAGCUGAUGUACUGGCUGCUGGUUUACUUGAUGUUUCUGAUCCUACACUCUCAAGCAAGUUUUUCCUUCGCCAGCAUUGGAUGGAUGAAACAGAUGAUGGUCAGGACUCCAUAAUUAAACACCGUCCUCUUUGGGCAACUCACAGCCCUACGUAUGCCAAGGAAAAGAAAAUGGCAAGGAAAAAGCAAGGCAAUCUGUAUCGAACCUAUGGGACUAGAGUAAUUCCUGUGUUUGUGCUAUCUUUGGCUGGAAUGGAUGUGGACCUCUUGAUGGAGGAUGAAAGUCUUGUUUGGGCAAGUAAGGAUGUUGUGAUUGUUCUUCAGCAUGAUGGUGAUAAGAUACCUCUCAGCUAUGUCUCAGAAACAGAGAGAAGACACGCUGUUCCCUCUUUAGCACAGCGACACAUUUUGGCUGGACUUGCUUCUACAGUGGGUGGGUUGAGUGCACCUUAUGAAAAGGCCUCACAUGUUCAUGAAAGACCAGUGCUGAAUUGGCUAUGGGCAACAGGGUGUCAUCCAUUUGGGCCAUUUUCUAAUGCCUCCCAGAUUAGUAUUUUGCUUCAGGAUAUUGCUUUGAGGAACACCAUAUAUGCACGUGUAGACACUGCACUUCGCAGAAUACGGGAUACGUCAGAAAUUGUUCAAUCAUUUGCUGCGGAGCAUCUAAAAACUCCACUUGGUGAGCCAAUCAAAGGCGGAAAGAAGAAGUCAAGCACAGAACUAUGGUUAGAGAAGUUUAUCAAGAAGACCACCAACUUACCUGAGCCUUUCCCACAUGAAUUGGUGGAACGUUUGGAGCACUACCUGGAUAGUCUUGAGGAGCAACUUGUGGAUCUAUCAUCAUUAUUAUAUGACCACCGCUUAUUAGACGCGCACCUCAACAGUUCAGAAAUAUUCCAAAGCACUCUAUUUACACAACAAUAUGUGGAGCGCGUUCUAGCAACUGAGAAGCAGAAGAUGAAAUGCUGUAACACUGAGUACAGGGCUCCUGUGCAAUCUUCCCAGGCAUUUAUCUAUGGGGGAAUUUUGAUAGCAGGAUUUGUUGUUUAUUUCCUAGUGAUAUUCUUCUCAUCACCUGAACGUUGACUGCAUCAUUCUUGGCAAGUUCACUUAACCAAGUUGCAUAUACAUUGGAUCAUGUAGAUCAUGGGGACUGGCCAUAUUGUGGAUUAAUCAUAUGGCAAGCAAGGCAUGCAAGUAUGGAUCCAACUAACUGGAAGUCACAAGGGCUUCAACUUUUUAGGUGAUAAUCAAUAUUGAGAUUCAUGUACUUGAUCAUCAAUCCUAGUGUAAUUGUAACCUUGAGAAAUUUUCUUCCUUCACAUACAUUGAAGGAAACGCAGUGCUGCUGAAUAUUUAGUCCAAAAAAUGAGAAUAGUGAUGUAUGGAUAAUCUUUGAAGGACCUCGUGGUUUUGCUGCUUUUGCUUCUAUCCAACCGCCUCGAUCCAAAUAACAAGGGCAAUAAGGAUCCUUAUUUUCA